GUUUGUGUAGGAGCCCAUUUUAGACCAAAAUGGUGUUCUAGAUACUGAUUGAUCAUUUGAUAUAGGUAGAAUUAACAUUGACCCGGUAUAUAGCGUUAGCGUGAUGUCACUUCCUGUUUCUGGCACUUCCUGUCAGCCGGCAUGGAAUGUAAUAAUAAGUUUGUGCUGUUUGUAUCUUCUCCUUUAUGUCUGAUGAAGUUAGGGGCUCUUACCCCCUAAAAAGUGUAACAAGGACUUUUAUUAUAAACCAGUAAUUAGACCUUGGAGCUCUAGACCAUCUGGAGGACCUAUCGGUGGGAGAAUUAUCUCCAAUAUCGAUAUCAAGAAGCCUGAGGGGGAUAAGUGAUCCAAGGAGGCGAUACAGGAUUUACACUGAAAGUUUUUUUUAGAAGACGAUGGUGGUUUCCAUCGCUGAACCUCCAAGGAUGGGCGAGGACAGAAACCUCAUGGCUGCAAGGAUAUUAGACCUCACCCUAGAGAUCAUCUACUUGAUAACUGGAGAGGAUUACAAAAUAGUAAAGAAGUCGUCUGGUGAGUGUUUGACACCCCAUGUGUCAGGAGAAUGGAGCAGGACCCCAGGAGCCAUCAUCGAGCCUCCACUUUAUUCACUGAUACACGAGCAGAAGAUCCUAGAACUUACCAACAGGAUCACUGAGCUUCUGACCAGAGAGGUUCCUAUAAGGUGUCAGGAUGUCACUGUCUAUUUCUCCAUGGAGGAGUGGGAGUAUUUAGAAGAGCACAAGGAUCUGUAUAAGGACGUCAUUAUGAAGGAUCACCAGCCCCUCACAUCACUGGAUGAGUCCAGUGGGAGAAAUCCACCAGAGAGAUGUCCCAGUCCUCUAUAUUCUCAGGACUGUCCAGAGGAAAAACAGAAUAUCCUACUGGAUCAUCAGUUUCCACAUGUCCUUGAUAUAGAAUCCUCGCAGGAAAGUUAUGGUGGAAUGACGAUUGGACCUGAAAACCUCAAAUCAGAGUCCGUGGACGAUGAAGAAAGGACGAGACGCUCUGACGCACAUCUUGUUUUAUCUCCCGCCUAUACUGUAGAAGAGAAUCAAUCACAAAUUGGCAAAACUAGAACUGUACAAAGACCGGGUAAAAUUUUUGCAUGUUCUGAAUGUGGAAAGCAAUUUGAAAACAAACUUCAUCUUUCCGUACAUGAGAUGAUUCACAAAAAUGAAAGGCCAUUUACAUGUUCAGAAUGUGGAAAAGUAUUUAGUUGGGAAUCGCAUUUCGUGAGACAUCAGAGAAGUCACUCAGGGGACAAGCCAUUUUCAUGUUCAGAAUGUGGCAAAGAAUUUAGAUGGAAAUCACAUUUCGUGAUGCAUCAAAGAAUUCACUCGGGAGACAAGCCAUUUACAUGUUCAGACUGUGGAAAAGGAUUUGGUUGGAAAUCAGUACUUGUGAGACAUCAGAAAAGUCACUCAGGAGAGAGGCCGUUUUCAUGUUCAGAAUGUGGGAAGUGUUUUAGUGUUAAAUCAAGUCUUGUGAAACAUUUAAGUAUUCAUACAGAGGAGAAGCCUAAUUUUUGUUCGGAAUGUGGGAAAUGUUUUAACGAUGUAUCACAACUAAUGGUACAUCUAAGAGUUCACACAGGAGAGAAGCCAUAUUAAUGUUCAGAAUGUGGGAAAUAUUUUCCCCAGAAACAAGCACUUGUGAGACAUCAGAGAAUUCACACAGGAGAGAAGCCGUAUUCAUGUUCAGAAUGUUUUAGUGCUAAAUCGAUACUCCUGAAACAUUUAGGAAUUUACACAUGGAAGAAGCCAUUUUUCACGUGCAGUAUGUGGGAAAUGUUUUAGUUGUAACUCUAGUCUUGUGUCACAUCAGAAAACUUACUCUGAUGAGAAGCCAAUCUAUUAUGCAGCUUGUAUAAAAAGUGGCUCUCCACUGUAGGACCUCUAAAUCAGGAUGCCUUGUAAUGUAUAACUUAAAGGUGUUGUCCAGGAUUAGAAGAUCACAGAUGCUUUCCUCCAAAAACAAUGCCAUGUCUGUUGUGUGUGAUAUUUUAGGUCUGCCGUAUUCACUUUAAUAGAUCCAAGUUGCCAUACGAGACACAAAAUAAAUGCACAUGUACCAAGGAAAACGACAGCUUGUCCUGCAAUCCCACACACAGCUAUGUGGAAAGUUAAAAGCGUUAUUGCUUAUUGGAAGAUAAAAAUGCUACGGCUCUCAGAAUAUGACAAAACAAAACCAAAUGAUUUUUUUUUUCAAAUAUAUUGUGCAUAAGUUGUCCAGUAAACUGCAUAAAUUCAGCAUCACUGCAAUCAUUUAGACCUGCAGAGCAAAGGUAAUAGUGUUAGAGCUAUCAGCAGCAGAGCAGAGAGUGGAGAGGGGCAGAUGAUCCAAGGGAAGCAGAUUAUACAGGUUGUAGAGUAAAAAAGGAUUCAGACUUUGCAAGGUGAAAGCAGCAGCAUUUUGGACUCGCAUAUCUAGCAUGUGCUACAAUGAAGGGUUAGCCUCGCAUGUGAAAAGUCUAAAACUAGUAGUUUGCAAACUGAAUAUUAGACAGUCUGAAAAUGAAUAAACAAAUGAAGAUUUGAAGCUGAA